AUGGAUAACAACGAUGAAAUCAAGCAAACUGUUUACAUUAGUUUCAACAUUAAUGACUCGGUUGUUUCUUCAUUCAUUAGGUACUUAGUUGCAGCCUUAUAUCGCGAAGGCAUUGACGUGGCAUCUGAAAAAUCCGGCCACGAUCUAGACAAGGGCUGGUUUUCCCGUAUCAAGCUUUUUGUUGUGGUUUUCUCAGAGCCAUGCGCGUAUUCCGUGGCAUGCCUAGAGAAGCUUGUGAAGCUUCUUGAGUUCCUGCGAGAAGAAGACAGUGUGGUGGUUCCAGUAUUCAAUGACUCAAUGGCGAAACAAAUGGAUGAACUUUCUGGAGCGUUUGAAACUCUGGGAAAGUCGCAUUCUGUAGAUCAGUUGACUACAUGGCAGCGCGUGCUAAAGGAAAUCACGGGAUUACGAGGCUAUGAUUAUACAAAGGAACUAAGGGAAGCAGCCGAACUAAUUGAAAAGAUCGCCAAGAAUGUAUUUGAGAAGCUCAAUCCAACGGAAAAUAUUGGGACACACAAGCAGUUACGAGUGCUAGAAAACUUGUUAUGCAAGCAACCAUGGGGCUUUCGUUCUAUAGGCAUUUUAGGCAAGCCUGGGAUAGGCAAAACGACGUUUGUUGAAGCAGCCUUUCGAAGAAUGCGCGAUGGCUAUGAUGUUCACUUCAUCAUAGAAUGCAAUAACAAGAUCAUAGAGCAUUUUUCUGAUGAAGACUUUCAAGAGAUCCUAGUGGAAAAGUUUGACCUAAACAAUCAAGAUGCCGGGCCAUGCCACCGUCGAAAAAGACUUCUCCUUGUUCUAGAUGGUUUGCAAAAUGCUCAAGACGCAGAGUAUUUUCUUUGUGGGUUUAAUCGGUUCGGUCCAGGGAGCUUGCUCAUCAUAACCUCAAGUGAUAGAAAAGUUCUUGAACAGUGCCAUGUCAAUGAGAUUUAUGAACUUAAAGGUCUCAAUGAUGAAGAUGCCUUGAAACUAUUCACACGGUGUGUCUUUGGGAAAGAUGUUAUAGAUGAAGAACUUCGGAAGCUUUCGGUAAGUGAGAUUGAACGUUGUGAGGGAAACCCGUCUACUAUUCGCUCACAUGCCGAGAAAAUGAAGAGAAAAAGGAUGAAAACAAUAGACAUAGAGUCGGCUUUGAGCAAACAUAAUGUCUCUAUGACUCUGAAGCAGUCGUUUUCAACCGGGGCACACAAGUACCAAGCUGAUCUUGAGAAGUUCUUGGGGUUCGAUCUAGCCAACACCUUGGAGAUUAGGCUGAGUCAUGACCUAAGGGCUCACUACUUGUAUCAUGAUUCUACGCAAAGGUUUUUCUUUUGUACCAUAUCAUCCAAGUAUCUAUCUGACUUUAAGGAUCGCUCGCUACUCAACCUUCGUAGCCAUGCCGUUGAGUCGAUGCCUAUAGACCUAAAGAUUCUCCAUUUAGGUCAAAAAUACAAACCUUGGGAAGAAUAUAAGAGCUUCUCGAUAUUUAAAAUAACCAAGCUUAGCCACUCCGAGAAGCUAGUUGAACUUGAAGAAAUUUGGGAAGCACGGGACAUUGAGCGAAUCGAUCUUCAAGAUCGCACAAGCAUGGAGAGCAUAACAGUAGUAACUGAUCAGCUAGAGCCUCUCCAACUUCUACAUAUCUCUAGUUGCCUUGAAAGCCAGAUUCUUCAAUGGGGCCUCCAAACAGAUCCCCUAUGCCUUCUCUACAACUCAGCAAACGAAACAAAAUCUCAUUUCUACUUUGAUUGCACCUUCUGUAGGUCGAUUUGGAUCGCAAUAAGCAGUAGGAUACAUCUUUCCCCUCUACAGAUAUGCGAGGAUGUAUUCUCUGCCAUGGUAAACCUCAAAGAAUCGAAAGCUAAGGAACUCCUAUCCCGAAUGGCUUGGCACUCAACUAUCUACGCUCUCUUGUUUGAGAGAAGCAGUCGUCUUUACAGACGAAGUUACAGAUCAAGGGAUGCAAUACUGGCGCAAAUCGACAGAGAGUUCAGAAACCAAGUUUCACGUUUGAGAAAGAGGCACCCUAAAGUAGCUUCUAAAAUCCUUGGAAUCUGGCUUGGAACUUCUUCAUCUCACUGA